ACUCACCGAAAAGUAGGGGUGUUCAAACGGAGUGAUUACAUGAUAAUUAAUUUGAUUUACUUCAAUUUUUUAGUUUGUUUCAUUUAUAUGAUUUGGUUUGAUUUCAUAUACUUCUAAUGGUCAUAUCAUUUGGAGCAUACCAGUCGUCUCCUAUAAUAUAUAUAUACACAUAGAUACUGAAUAUUAUAUAUAAAUGACAUAUUGAUACAUUAAAUAAAAUUAUGAUGUUAUAUUAUAUUAAUUAAUUCGGUUAACUAGCAAUUUAAUAUUAAUUUGAUAUAUAUUUUGGUGAGUUUACUUAUGAAAUUAAAUAUGAAUUAGAUAUAUAGUUUGGCGAGUUUAGUUAUGAAGUUGAUAAAAUUUAGAUAAAAUUUAUUUUAAGUAAUUUGGUUAACUAACAAUUAAAUAUUAAUUUGAUAUAUAAUUUGGUGGGUUUAGUUAUGAUAUUGUAUUUUAUAGUUAAUAAAAUUUAGACUUAUUUGAUAGUUACCAAUUAGCCAAACUAAUUAAAUAUUAAUUUAGUUAUAAUGAUUGUUAUAUUAAUUUAAACUAGUAUUGUGACCGGCCCGUUGGUCGGUGGGUAGUCUACAGGUGGAUUCAAUAAGUGCUUUCUUUUCUAUUAACAAUUAGUAGGAAGUAGGUAUGUAGUGGAUUUUGAUUGCAAUGGAGGGUAAUUUCAUAAGAGGAGUCUUAUGUCUCGUUGAGAAUAUUGAUUGUGGAGGUCAAAUAGUGCCUCUUUCAUCCCUUCCGUUUCUUGUUCGUCUUUCCUUCCAUUUUUGUAAUGUUAAUGGAGUGGCACCUGCCCUUCUUCAUAUCAUUGGGAUGAAGUCCAAGAUUAGAAGUUGUUUGGAUGCCCAUGCCCAUUAAAAGUAUGAAUCUUACUAUAAAUGUUGGUCUUUACACAUAAUAUAUGAGGCAUGUUAAUCAUUAUGCUAAUCCAAUCGGUGAACAAAUAAUAUUGAAAAUUCCUAUAAUAGCUUAGAACCAAGGUGAACAUUAAUUUUAUUACAUAAAUACAAUAGUUACAGAUAAUUUUUUGUUUUUAGAAAUAACACUUUUGUUUAAUUAUUGUGAAAUCAAGUUACGUAUGCCGUACUUAAUGAACAACCUCUCACUUGAGGAAUAUUUACAUCUUUUUAGGUAAACAGUUAAGUGAUUGUGGAAGCCCUACAUGUAGGGGUGAUAGUCGGUUAACCGCAACCGAUUACAUGCCCAAACUCCCAACCGAAGCCGACGCCGAUACACAUGGUCGGUUAUCCGACACCGAAACCGCAAUCGUCGGUGCGGUUAGUCCUCAAACCGUGAAACCGCAAAAGUUAAUAGAAUUGUCAAUUUUGGGGGAUUGGGGACCUAUUAUUAUUCCUCUCCCGUCUUCAUCAAAUCCUUCUCUCUCACCCUUUUUCAAUCUCCGAUCUGCCUUCCCCAAAUCCCUCUCUCUCUCUCUCUCUCUCUCUCCCUCCUCCUCUCUCUCUGACCAUCUAAAGCCCCUCAAUCUACGAUCUGGAAGGCAGGAAGACAACUGACGGCGACCUAGGAAGGGGAAGAAGGGCAUGGCAGAGGCGAAUCUAGAGUCGGUGGCAGAGGACGAAGAGAAAGAGCCGCCGAAGGUUGGAGGUUUCGAAUCUUUCCAGUUCUCGUCCACCGCCAAGGCUGAAGAAGGCAGGGACGACGGCGGCCUGCACUCAAUCUUCACGGGAAUCGACCCUCAUUUCCUUCAUUUGAUGGGUCUCGACUGUCGCCACCUUCUAAUCGGCGGAGGCGACAACUUCGGCGGAGAAUGAGAGUGUAGUGGUGCAUGUCUGGUUGGGGCGCCGAGGUUGCGAUUGGGGAGAUUGGGACGACGAUGUCGAGAUUGAAGGACGAGGUGGGGAGGCCAGAUCUGGUAGAGGUCGAGAAGCUUCUGGAUGGGGCGGAGCAGAGGGUGUCUUUAGCCUUCUAUUUCAUUCGACAGUUACUUAUCGGUGCACCGAGUUUUCUCGGUUAGCCACCGUCGGUUUCCGGUUAUGGAUAUUGCCUGAAAAUGACAAUCGACGCCGACACCGAACACAAAUAAUCGGUUUCAGUUAAACCGAAUAACCGUGGAUUUCAGUUCGGUUUUCGGUUUUACCGAAUAACCGGCGACCGAUUAACACCCCUACCUACAUGGCACCUCUGAUUUAAUUAUUUCAUAAGAAAUAAUUGUCAUUACAUAAUUUGGUAUGUAAUGCAUUUAUAUCUUGUGUAAGAGUUGUAGAAUGAGGUUUAUGUAACUCUUAGGUAACUGAUUAUAUUUUUUCUCCAAGGCAAGCCCAAAGGGCAUGGGGCAAAGACUCGACACAAUUACAAUAUAGACUCAAACCCAUUGCGUUAGUCCGUUUGCAACCAGACUACGAUGAAAGAGCCUGUAAAGCCACUACUUAGGCAGCUCUGCAGAAGCUCCGAGGAGCAAAGACACGACACUGACGGGAAAAAUUAAAAACCAAAACCCAACAUCACCAAGAUAGUCCCGCCAACUUGUGUAGUUUCCUUCGACGGAGUAUACUAGAUGACCAGUAUCGAGUUGCCAUAAAAAGUCACAACAAAGAGGGGGGGGGGGGGGGGAACAUUAGCAAUCUUCAACAAAAUAUGCUUAAUUACUCUCAUAAUUUUGUAAAGGGUAAUAUAAUCAAACUAUCACCUGAUAGACCGACGAAACUUGUUUUACUUCCUUCAAUUACUGUCAUAUAAUAUGAGCACCUGUUAAUUUUCAUUCACAUUUUCUUGAUUUAUCCUCAUAACACCAUUGGAAUGGAUUAUUACUAUCCUGCAAAACGACCAACCAAAAAGAUACCACUAUGGUGGUAGAAAUCUCUAUUCUAAGAUAUUAGAGUUUGCCUUCGAGGUAUGGUCGGUAGCACCGAAUGUACAACACCAAUGGUGUGAAUCAUCUCCAAAAAGAGAAUACAACUAUAAAAUUAAA